GCAGAAUGUUGAAAUUGAAUUCUGUGGUAAAGUCCUCCGGUUUAAUAAUGCGUUGUAUUUAACAGUGGUGUUUACACAUUUAUUAUGUAUCGAAACAGUCAAGUUAAAGGUUUUAAAUCUGUUAUAAAGUGUCAACAACAAUCGACAAGCAGCGGAUCCAAGGAAAGUUCAGAAAAUGAUAGUAAAACAUUUGAAACUUUAAAUCAAAGUUCGCGUAGAAGUACUACAAGUAUUCUUAAUUUAUUCAAGAAACCUAUUGAAAAAGAUGACAAACCAGUAUCUAAGGAAAGCAAACCGAUUAAAUCGAAUGAAGAGCCCGCAAUUGAUACCCAAGAAAACUUAUCCAGCGUCAUUAACAAUAAUAAAACUAUUUACAAUGUAGUAAUGGCUAAAAAAUCUACGAGAAAACACAAAAAAUGGGAAGAUGAUGGUAUAUUAGAAAUCACCGGAAAAUGUGGUAUUUUGAAGGAUUCAGAGGGUAAUAUUAUUCAUAGAACCACGGUCAAGCCAGAAAUCAUUGUAGAAGGUUUUAGAUUGUACAUAGAGAAUAAGGAAGUUGAGAUAGUUGAUAAAGUAACAAACAGCCAGUUGUUACCAAAGAAAUCAGUUGCAGAAACAGUUCCAUCAGAACCACCCAUGAAAAAACUAAAAACUUUACAAUCUGGCCCAUAUGUUCCCCUUGCUUCUUUAAAAAAAGGUCUGCAAUUAACAUCCAAGCCUCUGGUAAUGCCUUCUAUAUAUACCUCAAAAAAUUGGUCAGAAAAUGAUACAUCAGAAAAAGAAGUGGAAGUAUCUGUAGAUGCAUGUUUAGCAAAUGCCCUUAGGCCACAUCAACGUUAUGGUGUUGUGUUUCUUUAUGAAUGCAUAAUGGGCUUAAAAUUACCCAAUUACUUUGGUGCAAUUUUAGCUGAUGAAAUGGGCCUUGGUAAAACAUUACAGUGCAUUACUAUUAUUUGGACACUGUUGAAAAAGGGACCAUAUGGAAAGCCAAUCUUAAAAUAUGUAUUAAUUGUAACUCCUAGUAGCUUGUGUAACAAUUGGAACAAAGAAUUUAGUCAUUGGCUGGGUUUCCACAGAAUUUUUCCUUAUAUUGUAAAUGCUAAAAAUAAGCCAAAAGACUUUAGAAAACAAUCAAGAAAUUCAGUAAUGAUCAUUAGCUACGAUAUGCUUAUUAGGUGUGAAACAGAAAUUGAGCAAAUAUCUUUUGACUUAAUUGUAUGUGAUGAGGGUCAUAGAUUAAAAAAUAGUGAUAUAAAAGCAGCAAAGAUCUUAAAUAAUAUAAGUUGUAAGAAGAGAAUCCUCUUGAGUGGGACUCCUAUACAAAACGAUUUACAAGAAUUUUUCGCAUUAAUCGACUUUGUGAAUCCGGGUGUACUGGGUAAUCAUUAUGAAUUCAAACAGUAUUAUGAAAACCCAAUAGUAGCAUCACAAUGUCCAAAUGCAACCAAGAGUGUUCUAUCUCUGGGCACAGAAAGAGCUGGCGAAUUACAUGAUAAAACAAAAUGUUUCAUUUUAAGACGCACGCAGGAUACGAUUAAUAAGUAUUUGCCAUCUAAACACGAGUUGGUUGUAUUUUGUCGUCUAUCAGAUGAACAGGAAAAUUUAUAUGUACGCGUCACGGAUGCUUGGUUUGAUAAAAGUGGAUUACCAAUCAGCACAAUGCCUCAUUUGACAAUAAUAACAAUGUUGAAAAAAAUUUGUAAUCAUCCCGAUUUAUUUUACAGUGAAAAAAAUGAUUUGCUAUUGAAUGAUCUCACAAAUGUAAAACGAAAUGAUUAUAAAAAAGGGUAUGACAAUAUUUUAAAGAAAGCUUAUUCCGGAAAAAUAUCAGUUGUGCAAAGUUUAAUGAAAAAUUUGAAGGAAACUAAGGAAAAAUUAGUACUAGUAUCUUAUUAUACACAAACACUUGAUUUAUUAGAAACUGUUUGCAACAGUGAAAACUUACAUUUUCUUAGAUUAGAUGGAAGUACAGCAAGCAACUCCAGGUCAAAAAUUAUUCAACAAUUCAAUUCAGAAACUCAUGAAAGCAAGGUAUUUCUAUUAAGUGCAAAAGCUGGCGGAGUUGGUUUAAAUCUUCCUGGUGCAUCAAGACUUGUACUGUUUGAUUCAGAUUGGAAUCCAGCAUCUGAUGCUCAAGCCAUGGCAAGAAUUUGGAGAGAAGGCCAAAAGAAAAAUGUUUAUAUAUUGCGUUUACUAACAACAGGGACAAUUGAAGAAAAAAUCUUUCAAAGGCAAAUUAGUAAAGCAAGCUUAAGCGAAACUGUAGUGGAUUUAAAUAACUUUGCCUCUCUGAAAUUAUCCAUGAGUGAAUUAAAAGAUCUGUUUACGUUAGCAUCAAAUACGAAUUGUUUAACGCAUGAUUUAAUUAAAUGUCCUUGCAAAGGCUACAAGGAGGUAGAAAAAAGAUCAGAAAAAUGCGAUAACGAAAAUUCACGUGAACAUCAGCUAGUUCUAGAGGAUAAGGUAGCACAACAAAAUUUGGCAAUAAAUCAACUUUUAGAGUGGGAACAUUAUCAACAACCAAUUCCAGAUAAAAUAAUGCAGGAACUUCUGUUAUCGGAAGUAUCGGAUAAUAUAACAUUUUUGUUCAAAAAUUCUACUUUAAACGACAUAUGUUAAUUAUUAUUUAUUUAUAGUACAAAAACGAGAUUUUUUUUAAAAAUGUAUAAAAACAUUUGUAUUUUUUUUUACUGAAGUAUAUGAAUAUAAUUACAUAAUGAAUUAUUUUACUUUAAAUUUUACUUUUAUGAAGCAUAGUCUCCAUAAGUCUCUGCAUAAAUU